AAUAUACCAACUCUGUUCACCAGAUGAUCUACCUUUUCCCCCACUGCGGUAGUGCGGUUUUCAGUUCUAAGCAGACAAGUGCGUGGGGUGGAGUUGGUCGCUACAAUACGGGGGUUUGUAUUUUCUUGCCAGCUCAUAUUGCCUAAAUAUACGGAGCAACUGCCAGUUUGUGCCCUUCAUUACCCACAAAGGACACCGAAGAGAAAACAGGGAAAAGGAAAGGACGGCCGAUUAAUUUGUUAACUCCGGGCUUUGUGAUACUUCUGAAACGAGAAGAGGAGGACGUGUGUAUACAGAAGGAUGGGGGCCUACGAUGAAAAGAAAGAAACAUGCGGAACUAUCUGCCUGAAGUACCUGCUCUUCACUUUCAACUUCCUCUUCUGGUUGGCAGGGGGUGCUGUAAUGGCAGUGGGAAUAUGGACUCUGGUGGAGAAGAGCGACUACAUCAGCCUGCUGUCCUCCAGCACUUACGCAGCCUCUGCUUACAUCCUGGUCCUGGCGGGGGUUAUCGUCAUGGUGACGGGUGUGCUGGGAUGCUGUGCCACUUUCAAGGAGCAGAGGAACCUUCUGAGAGUGUACUUCGUCCUGCUGCUGUGCAUUUUCCUGCUGGAGAUCCUCGCCGGAGUCCUGGCCUACAUCUACUAUCAGCAGUGCUCCCCUUUUCCCUGCUUCCAGCUGAACGAAGAGCUGAAGCAGAACUUGAGGGAGACCAUGGUGCAGAAGUACAUGCAGGAGAAUGAAAACCACAUCACUAAGGCGGUGGACAAGCUGCAGCAGGAGUUUAAGUGCUGUGGGAGUAACAGCUCCUCGGAUUGGGCCGAGAGUACGUGGGUGAGGUCCUCGGAAGCCGGGCGGAGGGUGGUGCCCGACAGCUGCUGCAAAACCCCCACCCCGAACUGCGGCGAGAGGUACCACCCCUCCAACAUCUACAAGGUGGAAGGCGGCUGCAUCUCCAAGCUGGAGAACUUCAUCCUGGAUCACCUGAGGAUCAUCGGAGCGGUGGGCAUCGGGAUCGCCUGUGUGCAGAUUGUCGGAAUGGUGUUCACGUGCUGCCUGUACCGGAACUUGAAGGCGGAGCCGUACUGAGGACGGAAGGAAGGGGCGUGUCCCAGCCAUCUGCUGUACCACUCGUCGUCUCACUGCUGUGUGGCCUGACUAUUUAACUGCGCUUUCUCUCUCUCAGUCUGUCUGUCUGUAUAUGUGCCAUGUAAAUAGAGGGAGAGAGGAAGGGGUGAGGAAGUUAGAAAAUGAAGAAAGGAGGGAUUGUGGAGAGGUCCUGUUUUUCACUCACCUUUUUUAGUUCAAAGAAAAGGUCGUUAGAUUUGUAUUAAAUUUUAUUUUUAGCCAGUUAGCCCAAUUAGUAUCAUUGAUAUUUUUAAAUGUUUUUUUCUUUAUAGACUGAACCACUCAUUGACUGAACGCAAUAAGAAUACAGAUAUGAAGUAUAUUUGAAGUAUGGACAGAUAAGGACAGUAAAUGAGCCAUAGAUUGUUUUUGAACUUGGAUGAGCUUGAGUUUUUUUAGGAAUGAUAUUUAGAGGGCUGUAGGGCCAUUUUCUUCUUAUCUAGAGUCUUAGGAUGAGAAACGGUGAUGAGCCUGUGGUUUUUACCGCAGCCAUCACGGUUUCGGUCAAGAAAGUGAGACGGAGAGGGAGAGAGACAAUUUGGCGGAUAUAAAGUGUAGCUGUUCGUAAAAAUGAUCAUGUUGACUGAAUAUAACCUCUGCCUUGUUGCCUUUUUUGACAGUUCUGUCUAUAACAGCACUCCGUGUUUAAGUACUUUUUAAGUAUUUUUCUAUGAACCUACAAGUAGAUAAUUAACUCAGGCAAUUUUUGCAUCUGGUUAAAUUCACCUUUUUUUAUACAUAGAAGGGUUUUCUUUAUCUCACUACACAUGCCCAAGCGGUCAAAACUGACAAUUGUAGAUAAAACUUUUAUCAACUUUUAUCGAUGCCAAACCAAUUCAGGCUGCUCUCUAUCAUCUCUCAUGCCUUUAUUUUCCUUUUUUCCUUUUGUUGUUCUCAAAUGAUAAAGUGAUCACUGUUUUUGUAAUGCAUUAAUAGUUACUGUAUUUGCCAAACAGUAUAAGGACAUAAUAUCAAGUCAGAGCAGACUGAUAAUGAACCAAGCUGAAAAGGUGCCUGUGGAUGUUCUUUGAAAGUGUAACGGUGAAGAUAGCCUAGCAUCAUUACAUUGACCUUUUCCCAGAAAGUCAAUAAACAACUGAAAGCCCAAGGUGAAAUGUAUAGUUGGACAUACCGAACAUGCGCUCUGGAAGUGCUUGAUAUAUCAAACCUAACGCUGAACACUUUGAAACAUAGCUGGCAGCCUAGGUGCCUUUUAAAUGUGUAUGACUGUCAAAUAAACUGACUGAACUAAUAGUUUUCAUUUUAUAGAACAAUGUAUAACUGAGUAUAUAGUGAGAAUAAACCUAUGUUAAUCCAA